CCAACAACGUGAUGCUAUAAUUUUAGGUUCUCCCAACUUGCCACAGCCCCACGAGUCUCUCCUCCUCCUGCUUAUAAGGAGCAUGGCCACCUCUUGCCCAUACCAUCAUUCCCUAGACUUCUUCAUUCUUUGAGUCCCUUUUGUAAACCAUCUUUUAACUUUAGCACCCUAACUCUCCUCUAUCACUCCUCUUACCAGCUCGCUACAAUCGCCGUACGAUUCAUUCCAACUUUCGUGUUCAUAUAUUUACCUAAGAUUACUGAUGGCAUCGGUUUCUUCCUCGAGGAAUCACAGCUCCUCGUGGACGCCGAAGCAGAACAAGUUGUUCGAGAAGGCGCUGGCCGUGUACGACAAGGACACGCAGGACCGCUGGCACAAUGUGGCCAAGGCCGUGGACGGAAAAACUGUGGAGGAAGUGAAGAGGCACUAUGAGAUUCUGGUGCAUGAUCUCAUGCACAUAGAAUCCGGCCAAGUCCCUAUACCGAAUUAUAAGGCCACCGGAAGCAGCAGCAGCAGCAACGGCAGCAACAGAGGAUUGGGUGAUGAGCAGAGGCUAAUGAAAAAUCUGAAGAUCUGAUGGAAGGGACCAGAAGACUUAAGUGUGAAUGUGUUACUUUUAUCAGUGACCAAUAACCCUAUGUGUUUCCUCUCCUAUCUUUUGUAAUGAUUUUCUGCUUGAAAAUAUAUGUUAUGUGUUUCUGUUUUCAUGAACUAAAA